AUCCGGGUAACGGUGGUGACCUUGGUGAGUUAGUCAUCAUGGCGGCCAUCGUCAGAUUGAGUUCUGUGUUUCGUAAGGGUGUAAAACCUCUGUUCUACCAAAGCACCCUGCUGGCUAGGCCAGCUGUCGUCCUUCACAAAGAGCAGCAGCCCCAACCCCUGACUGCAAGGAUCCAUUCGUCACCACCUCUCUACGCGGGCUCCGACUCCAAAGCCGCGUCUCUUCACUGGACAGCAGAGCGAGUGCUGAGCAUCGCCCUGCUUGCCUUGGGUCCUGUGGCGUACUUCAGUCCCGGGCCAGUCAUCGAUUACUCCCUGGCUGCUGCUCUCACCCUGCAUGGACACUGGGGUCUGGGUCAGGUGUUCACGGACUAUGUCCAUGGGGACACAAAGGUCAAGCUCGCCAGUGCAGGCCUCUUCGUCCUGUCCACGGUCACCUUCGCCGGACUCUGCUACUUCAACUACAAUGAUGUGGGCAUCUGCAAUGCCAUCGCUCUGCUCUAUAGCAAAUGAAAGGGAUUUUGGACUGGUGAGCUCAGGGGGAACCAGCGCUUUGGGAGAAAUCUUGUCCCACCUAAUUGUAAAAAAAAUAAUAAGUCAACAUGUUCUUUAUAAGUUCUAUCGUUUUGCCUUUUCUGAGGAUUUCAUGUGUUUAUCUAAUUGAUGCUGAUCCGUUCCAACUUGUUUUUUUCCACUGAGUUGAGCUCCAAGCAUUUACUUUGGAGAUUCAAGCAUUUUCAUCCAGACAGUUAUGGUUAUGAUCAAGUCUUACAGAAUACAAAAGUUUAACAUCUUCUGUCAUGUUUUAUAUAUAUAUAUAUAUAUAUAUAUAUAUAUAUAUAUCAGCCACACACUCUGACACAGCAGCCCAUUCUGCAGCUCUAACUCAGCUUUGGAGUUUUUUUGACAAGCCACAAUAAAUUUAUUUUAUGACUCAUACAGAAUAGUCUGGUUCCCUUUACAGCAUUCCUAGAAAUUGAAGGCUGCACCCUGAAUUUAGGAUGCAAUCUGUUUGAAGCUAUGUAGCAAUGCGUAGCUGGAUAUGAAGUUGCAAAAUUUACUUCUGCUGAUUAUACUGUAGUUCUGUACAAUACAUAAAACAAUCAGAAAGCUUGGAUAAUUUGAUGUUUUUUUUCUGUUGGUGUGUUCACUUCCUUCAUGCAGCUUAGAUUCCACGGUUUCACGGUCAAGAAAACGGAGCUCUGUCUUCUCUGUCUACACAAUACUUAUGCAAUAAAACUACUGGUACACA